CAUUAUCAAAAUACGACAUGGGCCUACCCGUUUGCAUUCUCAGCCAGCCAGCACACUUUCCAAGACUGGCACUCUAUUGAGUGAACUGUCGUGUCGUUCGUCCGUCCUGAUACAAGCCGGAACCUCUUAACCCCAACCCCAACCUCACCUCAUCUGGGUGCGUACAGCCAUAUAUAUAUUUUUUGGCGAUCGAGUUUUCGAGUGAAUUAUCCUCCAAAUUCUUGUAAUUUUAGGCAAAAACGAAGAAAUAAUCGAACUCCAAUGAUGGCUGACACAACUAAAAUGCGAAAGAAAGGCUCAAUUAGUGAAAACGACGUGUCUACUCUCUUACAGAGGUACUCUGCGCAGACGGUGCUGGCAUUACUGCAAGAGGUGGCGGUGGUUUCAGAGAGGAAAAUUGACUGGAAUGCAAUGGUAAAAAAUACUUCUACAGGGAUUUACAAUCCAAGGGAAUACCAAAAGCUCUGGCGCCACCUCGCAUAUGGGGAUGACCUCGUUGAUUCAUUGAACGAUGCUGCAAACCCUCUGGAUGACGAUAGUGAUUUAGAAUUUGAACUGGAAGCUUUUCCUGCUGUCAGCCGCGAAACUUCAGUAGAGGCUGCCGCUUUUGUCAAGGUGUUAAUUGCCUCUGGUACUCUAAAUGAUUCCCAUCUCUCAACCAACUCAACUAUUGAGGCGCCAUUAACUAUAAAUAUACCGAACCGUGAGAAGUCCACAGCUCCUUCAGAGGGUUCACAUCUUGCUAGUUGUAUGCAGUGGACAAAUAUUACCAUUCCAGUUUCUGUACAAAAACAGCAAUUGGCUACUAGUGUAACAUGUUCUGAAAAAAGGCGAACUAAUGUGUCAACAAGCAGUAAUUUGCCUACCCGAAGGAAAAGAAAGCCUUGGUCUGCAGAAGAGGAUAUGCAACUCAUCGCCGCUGUGCAAAAAUGUGGUGAACGGAAUUGGGCUAAUGUUUUGAAAGGAGAUUUUAAGGGCGAUAGGAAACCGUCAGAGCUAUCUCAGAGGUGGGCCACUAUCAGGAAAAAGCAAGGCAACUUGAAUGCGGGAGCCAGUUCACAACUUUCUGAGAUUCAUGCGGCUCGCAGAGCAAUUUCCCUUGCCCUAGAUAUGCCAUUGGGUGAUCAUUUGAAGGCAGCAUCAAAUACUGAUGGAAAGUUGGCGGCAUCUCUUGUCAAACAAAGUGGUACAUCGUCAAAUAGCAAAGCAGGCAACUCCAACCAUCCUGUUUUUGUUGAAACAUCGUCGAUUGGUGUACCAUCACUGAAAAGACCAUCAACAAAUCCUACUCAGACCCAGGGUUCCAUGGCUGCAGUUGCUGCUGGGGCCUGCAUUGUUAAAACCCCUGUUGCUUCAUCGGAAAUUGAGGCUCCACUUUCUCAGAAUGCCGUUUGUACCAUUGCUGGAGGAGGCUCUAUAAUUAAAUCCUUGACAACAGGUCUCUCGAAUCAACUGCCAAGUAACGUGCGUUUUAUUCGUAAUGGCUUGGCGAAAGCGCCAAUCACCAAUUGCUCCUUGACUAUGAAAAAUGCCUCUACACCAGCUGAAGCUCGGCAAGCACAAGUUCCAAAUGCUGGAACUGCAAGAACUGUAGCAGAAGCCACUCUUUCUAGCUCAGAAAAUGUAACGCAAGAGAAUGUCCAAAACAAUGAAGCUGCUGUUUCUAGGGACGCUUCAAGAGAGGAAAUUCGUGAAUCUCAAGUUGCUUUGGUAGGCAACCGAUCAGAAGAGGAAGUCGAAAAUCAAGCUUCUUUUUUGGGCAAUGCAUCGGAAGAGAAUACUCGAGCAAAUGGAGCUCCUAUUCUCUCCAGGACUCCAGUCGGACCAACUAAAGAUGAUUGAAUUGCUUUAGCAAGUUUAGAAGUAAACGAUGGUGGUAAUUUCAAAUGUGAAUCAAGUGCGAAGAUAAUUGAUUGUGAUCAUCGUGUUACCAUUUUGUUUAGUGUAUUUGCAGCCUUGUCCUA